GAGCCGUGGGAGGGAGGAGGACAAACGUGGGUGCCCACACCGCGGUCUCAGCAGGGACCCAGCACUGCAGUGUGCCUGGAGUCUCCCCACCUCACACGCCCGCCCGUGCAGCCUGGUUCCCUUCCAGGCAGGCCGGCCCUCAGCUUGGCAGCUGAGGAAGCUCGAGGCCAAGGCCUUGCCUGACUGCACUCCCCAGCCCGGCCGGUUGGGGACAGAGCCUGACAUAUGUGUCCUGUGAGGACAUCAGCCAAGUGUGGCCCGCGCAGUGUGUGACUCCAUGUCUUUGCCUCAGCUGGGGCCUCCGUGCUCAGUUUCUUCAUCUGUGAUGUGGGGUAGACCAUGGCAGCCUUUCUGAGAGCAAGGCCAUUUUAAGACCAUGGCAGGGGGCAGGUCAAACUCAUGGUAUAGUCUUCCACGACCUCCCCCCUUCUCUUUGGAUGGCAUAGAACUCACAGCAAUCCCCAUGCCUCAGCCUCCCAGUGUCAGUGUGUUUCCGAGCAAGCGCAGAAGGGGUGGCUGGGCCCCUUCAGCCCUGCAGAAGUUCCUGGGGCCUCACGGCUCCUCAUGGGCACGAUGAGGCUGCCAGGGCCCAGCAGGCACGUCGCCUUCCUCCUGCUUUGCCAGCUAGGCGCCUCCAGCCGAGGUGACGGCUGCUGCGUUGAGAAGACAUCACACCCAGAUGAAGCCUCAGGCUCCUCCUUAGGACCCAGAAACUUGAGUUGCUACAGGGUUUCCGGGACAGACUACGAGUGCUCCUGGCAAUAUGAUGGCCCUGAGGACAAUGUUGCUCACUUCCUGUGGUGCUGCUUUGUCCGUCAGAACUCUACCCACGCGGGCUUUGGCCAAGAGUGCUGCUGCUGCUUCUCCUCAGGCCGGUCCCGCACUGUGCAGUUCUGGGAACAGGAUGGCAUCUCUAUGCUGUCCAAGGUCACCUUCUGGGUGGAGUCCCGGCUUGGGAACCGGACCUUGAAGUCUCAGGAGAUAUCCCAGUACCUGUACAACUGGACCAAGCUCACUCCUCCCCUGGGGCACAUCAGAGUGUCACGGUCACACGGACAGUUGCGAAUGGACUGGAAUGUGUCUGAUGAGGUGGGUGCUGAGGUACAGUUCAGGCGCCGGAUGCCCACAACGAACUGGACCUCGGGUGACUGCGGACCUCAAGUUACCUCUGGCUUAAGUGACAUUCGUGGGAGCAGUUCUGAGUCCUGCCUCUGCCCUUCUGAGAACAUGACCCAGGAGAUCCAGAUACGGAGGAGGAGGCGGCUCUCGUCGGGGGCCCCCGGGGGGCCCUGGAGUGACUGGAGUGUGCCUGUGUGUGUCCCGCCUGAAGUCCUUCCCCAGGCCCAGAUCAAGUUCUUGGUGGAGCCCCUGAACCAAGGAGGAAGGAGGCGUCUGACCAUGCAGGGGCAGUCGCCACAGCUGGCGGUCCCGGAAGGCUGCCGGGGCAGGCCUGGUGCGCAGGUGAAGAGGCACUUGGUGCUGGUGCGUAUGCUGUCCUGCAGGUGCCAGGCCCAGACCUCGAAGACUGUGCCCCUGGGCAAGACGCUGAACCUCUCCGGGGCCGCCUACGACCUGGCUGUGCUCGCCAAGACCCGCUUCGGUCAUAGCACCAUCCAGAGGUGGCCCCUUCCUGCCCAAGAGCUCUCAGGGACAAGAACCCUGAAUGUCAGCCUGGAAGGCAAUGUGACAUUCAUGCAAUGGGCAGCCCAGGCUCCGGGCACCACCUACUGCCUUGAGUGGCAGCCGUGGGAGCAGCACAGGAACCACACGCACUGUACCCUGAUUGCACCGGAAGAAGAGGACCCUGCCAAGAUGGUGACGCACAGCUGGAGCUCCGUGCCUGCCCUGGACCAGGAGGGAUGUUACCGCGUCACUGUCUUUGCCUCCAAGAACCCCAAGAAUCCCACGCUGUGGGCCACGGUCCUGUCCAGUUACUACUUUGGGGGUAACGCCUCGAGGGUCGGGACUCCACGCCACGUGUCGGUGAGGAACCACACUGGGGACUCGGUGUCCGUGGAGUGGACGGCAUCCCAGCUGAGCACCUGCCCGUGGGUCCUGACGCAAUAUGUCGUGCGCUGCGAGGCUGAAGACGGCACGUGGGAGUCAGCAGAGUGGCUCGUGCCACCCACGAAAACCCAAGUGACACUCGACGGGCUGCGCAGCCGCGUGGUAUACAAGGUUCAGGUGCGAGCGGACACUGAGAGGCUCCGGGGCGCCUGGAGCCCUGCCCAGCGCUUUAGCUUUGAGGUACAGGUUUCCCGUUUAUCCAUCAUUUUCGCGUCUCUGGGAAGCUUUGCCAGCGUCCUCCUCGUGGGCAGCCUCGGAUACAUCGGCUUACACAGGGCCGCCUGGCACUUGUGCCCACCCCUGCCCACGCCCUGUGGCAGCACUGCUGUGGAGCUCCCUGGCAGCCAGGGCAAGCAGGCCUGGCAGUGGCGCAACCCUGAGGACUUCCCGGAGGUGUUGUACCCGCGAGACGAGCUGGUGGUGGAGGUGCCCGGGGACGGAGGCGACGGGACAGAGUCGCCCCAGGCCGGCCCUGAACGCGCCAUGGACACACGGCGGCCCUCGGAGACUGAGGGGCGGGGGCAGCGACUCUCAGAAGCCAGGCGCCUGGGCCUGGCCCGGGAGGACAGUCCCCGCAGUGACCUGGCCCACGUGACACUCCCGCUGCUCCUGGGAGAUGUGACACAGGGGGCCUCUGCACCCGACGAUCUUUGGACCGACGAGACGGUGGAGCCAGGACCGACCACGAUGGGGCAGGAGGCCUGACUGUUGCAUCUCCAGCCUGCUCCGCCCUCACAAGCCCCACGCUGCGACAGCUGGUCACAGUGGCUGUGCUAAUUUACAGAUGUGACUCUUGAGGUCCCGAGACGGUGAAUGUCUCGCCCGAGGUCACACAGCGUUUGCAGGACGCAGGCCCGGGCCUUCCUGCCGUGCUGUAGCCCCUGUCUUCCACCGCCCACUCCCUCCAGCACCUAGAGCCGCACGGCCUGUUAGGGGAACACGGAAACCGCCAGGAAGGGGAACUGCUUCAUGCAGCCCCGUUUGGUGUCCUCCGAGCAAGGCUGGGCCCUACCACGGGUCUGUUUAUUUUGGGGAGUCCUUCCAGUCUGAGGGGAUAGGGUCACAGGCUGAGUUUGCCUCCAGCGUCCUGGGCUGGAGUCCAUCCCCAGAAGCACUAGACAGGAUGAAUCUAGGGCGUCAUAAAUUAGGCCGCCUAAAAAGCAGGGCCUAGACAUCCACGGGAGGGUUACACAUCCGGGCUCAGUUUCCCUAAUGGAGCAUUGCGCACUCAAUAAAUGGGCCUUCCCAAUGACUGACAAACCGAA